AUGCACAUCCGACGACAAACAGCGCUGUUCGUGCUGGCGGCGCUCGUCCCGCCCAUAGCCGCCUCGUCGCACGUCUACGACUCGCACCCCGAAAACUACCAGGCCGUCUUUCCCGCCAUCGUCCCGUUCAUCCACGACCAGGACCACGGCCCUGCCCGCGCUGCCACCCCGGGCUCGUCGUGCUCGCACCGUCUCUCCGCCGCCACCGACCGUCCCUCCAUCCAACAGCGCGAGGUCAUCAAAGCACCGCCCGCCGCCCAGCCCACCGCCCACACGCAGGUCUCGCCCGUCAUGACCCUGACCAUCGGCGGCAAAGUCGUGCUCUACACCCAGCUGUUCUCCGAAGUGCCCGACCAGUGGCCUGCCCCCAUGCCCGGCACCGUUGGACUCGGCACGCUGCAGGGCCAGGUGGGCGUAACGAAGACCGUCGGAAAUACGGCGCAGAAGCGAACCCAUAUCGAGACAGCGCGGGUCGAACCGAAAUCCGUGAGGGUGACCGCGGUACCCUGGACUGGCUAG